AUGGCGUCGCUAGGUGAGGAUCUGCUCGUCACUGUGAACAAGCUCCAGGACCUGGUGUUUAACACCAUUGGAAAUGACUCCCUUGAUUUGCCUCAGAUUGUCGUUGUCGGCUCCCAAUCGUCUGGCAAGUCGUCAGUACUGGAGAACAUCGUCGGACGGGACUUCUUACCACGCGGCAGCGGCAUCGUCACCCGCCGUCCCUUGAUCCUGCAACUUAUUAAUAUCCCCAGCGAGCGAGACGACCUACCCGAUCACGAUGAGGUCCAUGUUCCGCACACAGCAGCCAGUGUGGCCGGCCAGCACGAAUGGGCUGAAUUCCACCACCAGCCCGGCCGCAAGUUCGAUGACUUUGCGUCGGUCAAGCAGGAAAUUGAAGCUGAGACGGCGCGGAUCGCAGGAAGCAACAAGGGCAUCAACCGGCAGCCAAUCAACCUCAAGAUCUUUUCCCCUCAUGUCCUCAACUUGACCCUGGUCGACUUGCCCGGUUUAACCAAGGUGCCGAUUGGCGAUCAACCUUCCGACAUUGAGAAACAAACCCGGACUCUUAUUUUAGAAUACAUCGCCAAGCCGAACAGUAUAAUCCUUGCGGUAUCCCCGGCCAACGUGGAUCUUGUGAACUCGGAAGCAUUGAAGCUGGCGCGCCAGGUGGACCCCAUGGGUCGCAGGACAAUUGGGGUUUUAUCCAAACUGGAUCUCAUGGAUCACGGUACAAAUGCUAUGGAUAUCCUAUCUGGUCGAGUAUACCCCUUGAAACUGGGUUUCAUCGGCGUGGUCAACCGAUCACAACAGGAUAUCCAAUCGGGCAAGUCGCUUGCCGAUGCUUUGCGCGCCGAAGCAGACUUCUUCCGCCACCACCCGGCAUAUCGCAAUAUGGCCAACAGGUGUGGUACUCAGUUCUUGGCCAAAACCUUGAAUUCGACCCUCAUGACGCAUAUUCGAGACCGACUGCCCGAUAUUAAAGCUCGUCUGAACACGUUGAUGGGCCAAACCCAACAAGAGUUGGCUAGCUAUGGCAACAAGCAAUUUAGUGGCAAGGAACAUCGAGGAUCCUUGAUCCUGCAGCUGAUGACUCGGUUUGCCUCUUCCUUCAUCUCAUCCAUCGACGGAACCUCUUCCGAAAUCUCCACCAAGGAGCUGUGUGGUGGUGCGAGGAUCUACUACAUUUUCAACGAGGUUUUUGGUAAUUCCCUGGAGACAAUUGACCCCACACACAACUUGACGGUCUCCGAUAUUAGAACGGCCAUCCGCAACUCAACAGGUCCCCGGCCCAGUCUCUUUGUACCAGAGCUCGCCUUUGAUCUCCUGGUGAAGCCACAAAUCAAGCUGCUGGAGGCGCCCUCCCAACGGUGCGUGGAACUUGUAUAUGAAGAGCUUAUCAAGAUUUGCCAUACCUGUGGUUCCCAGGAGCUCUUGCGCUUUCCCCGUCUGCAGGGUAAGCUGAUUGAAGUGGUCUCGGAUCUCCUUCGCGAACGCUUGGGACCAUGCUCUAACUAUGUCGAAUCUUUGAUUUCCAUUCAAAGAGCCUACAUUAACACCAACCAUCCCAACUUCCCUGGCGCCGCAGCUGCCAUGCAGUCCAUCAUCCAGAAUCGGCAAGAAGAGGAGCGGAAGGCCAUUAUCGCCGAGGAGAAGAGAAAACGGGAAAAACGACGCCAGAAGGAGCUCGGCGCGGCCAAUGGCACUGCUGGCAUGCCAGAGGACGAGGAAGCUCAAUCAGAAACCAAACCACACAACCUGCCCCUUCGAAACCAUUCUACCAAGGGUGCGCGGAGCAUGUCACCUAGUGUGGGCCGCAACGCGGAGAAUGGCAUCGCUGCCACUCUGAAUGGUACUUAUGCGAGCCAAUCGGCUGGUUUCGGUGCUUCGCACACUACGCGUGACUCCUUCUUGAACUACUUCUUUGGUAAGGAGGGUGUUCAAAACCCAGCUUCGCCACCCCAGCAGCUGAACAGAGCUGCCCAUAUGAGCGAGCCCAGUAUCAGCCAGAGUAUUCGCCGUGCAGAAGUACGGUCACCAGUGAUGCCGGAGGAGUACAAUGCCCCUUCGGAGUACGGAGGUGACAUGUCUGUUUUUCCCAAUGAGAAUGCUGAGCCCACUCUCACGGACCGGGAAAUGCUGGAGACUGAGCUCAUCCGUCGUCUGAUCUCCUCAUACUUCCAUAUUGUGCGCGAAACCAUUGCCGAUCAGGUUCCCAAGACUAUCAUGCACUUGCUUGUCAAUCACAGCAAAGAUGUGGUUCAGAAUCGACUGGUCAGUGAACUGUACAAAGAAGAUUUGUUCGGGGAGUUGUUAUACGAGGAUGACGGCAUCAAGGCUGAGCGCGAGAAGUGCGAGCGGCUGCUGGAUACUUACAAGGAGGCCGCGAAGAUUGUGGGUGAAGUGUUAUAG